AUGGGGGAUAUCAGAAGACGACCAGCAAGGAGAGAGGACAGAUCAGCCGAAUCCGGUAGUGAUUCUAGCAGCAGUAGCAGUAGUAGCAGCAGUAGCUCCUCCGAGGAGAUAGAUAACCGACCACCAACUGUUGCGACCACCACUACGACGACCACCACAGCCCCGACCACGCAACCGCCUACUACCGCGAUGCCAGUCAUGACGACAUGCGUCGUUCGAGGGAGACCUCGAAUCUAUCGGUCCGCUGAAUCAGAUGACAGCGACGAGUCUGGCGGGAGCAGUGACUCCUCGGAAGAAAGCAACAAACCAGCUAAAAACAAGACACCACCGCCAACCACCACCACCACGGCUAGUCCCACCACAUCAGCCACCACCACUGCCCCGACCACAACACCCACAACCACCCCAUCUACCACGACGACUGCAACAACGACUACGCCAAUGACAACGAAUCCAACAGUACCUGUAGCGGUCUUAACCACAUGUGUACCGCGUGGUGAUAUCGGGUUCGAAUGUUUUCCAGUCACUCCUGGCAGAUCGUAG